UUGUUGCAAAAAAAAUAAAUUAUUUUUGUUUUGGUUCCAGAUCAAACAGCUGUCUUUGAUUGGAAACUUAUUGUUUAUUGUCAAACAAAAAAACAUCUUCGAAUGCAAUGCAAUAGACACCAAAUUCAGAUUUUUUUUCAUGAAUGGAUUCUGAAUCUAUUUCAUCUGCAACAGGUGUGGAUUUGAAUUCCGAUACAAAUUCAUUGUUUACAAAUAAAAUAUCUGGAUCGGAUUCAUUGGAAGAUGUUGCCAGCAACAGUUGCAGUAAACCUGUUAAAAUUCAAAAUAACCGUAACCAUGUUUUAUUGUUGGAUGAAGAUCAUUUUAGCAUUAAUUCUGAUGUCGAUUUUCUAAAUGAUAUUGAAUUUUCGAAUCUUAAACGUGAUGAACAGAUAGAAUUGACUAUUACUAAAUAUCGCAGCCAAUUACAAUCGUUAGAGACUGAAAAUUUGAUUCAAAGCGAUAAAGAAGAAAAGAAACGUCAAUUAGUCAAAAAAAUUUGUGACCUUAAAAUCAAAUUAGUAAAGAUUCGUGAGGAGGAUGAAUUUAACAAUCUAAAAGUUGAUGCUCAAUCACAAAUCGAUGAUUUGAAAGAUGAGCUUUCUGACGAUAAUCCAAUAUUCUUUAAGCGAAUAUAUUCGUUUACAAAAUCUAUUGGUGGACAUAAAUUAGUACUAUCCAGUGAUGUAUUCGAAAAUGAAAAACGUCUUCGUGCUACUUGGAAAAAUUAUGUUAAAAACUCAUCACCAUUAUCUUUAUCACCACCAUCAUCUGCAAGCGAAAUGUUGAAUAAUUCGUUGCCAAUAUCCCGUCUACUGAACCUAUUAACAUCCAAUCAUUUGUCAUACUUAACCAGUAGUUGUGUAAACUGGCCUAUAGCUUCUUGUCAACCACCUACAAACCCGAUGCAACAACUAGUCUGUGAUCAUUGCUGUAAAAAAUCGACAAAAUCAUUAAAUGAUUAUAUUUUUGAUGCUCUCAAAUUUGGUAAAAAAGAUGAUUCUACACCAGCAAUCAGUAUGCAAUCUUCCACCGAUCUUCGUUCAUCCAAUCCAUAUCUUGUCUGUAUCUAUUGUUUUUUCACCAUUCAUUUUAAUUGUCUGACAAAAGAUGUACGAAAAUGUCCAAAGUUAUUUUUCGAUUCAUUGAACGAUGAUGUUAUUGAAGAAUUUUAUGCACGUUUAUACAAUUAUAAUAACUCACCAUUAUCAUCCGACUCAAGAAAAUCGAAUAGCAAUUCUGGUAAUAAUGAUCCAAAUAAAUCAACACCGGUUAACGGCAUUAUAGAGAGCUAUCAACAAAGAAUGAAGCGUAUAAUAUUAAAAAUUUGUCCAGAAAUCGGUCUGGCAAAUCAGGAUUUUCGUUGCGCUGAAUGUCGAAUAUCAAUUUCACCAUCACCAGCAAAAGAUUCGACAAAAAUCGUAUCGAAACCAAGACUUUGUGAUUAUUCGGGUCUUUAUUUUUGUGAAACUUGUCACAUGAAUGAUAUUGCAAUUAUUCCAGCACGAGUUAUUCAUAAUUGGGAUUUUCAACCUCAACCAGUUGCUCGUGUAUCAUUACAAAUUAUUUCCUAUUUACGAAAUAAAUCAUUCCAUUAUGAUCGUGCUGUUCUUAUCAAUCUGGUCGAAAUCAAUCCAAUGUUGUAUGGAUUAGUCGAUGAAUUGAUUCAGAUUAAACGUUUACGAACUGAACUUUGUCAUAUAUACAAAUAUAUUUGGCUAUGUAAACAACCAUCAAAACCACGACAAUGGAUCUCGAUCAUGUGCCAAUUGGGAUCACAUCUGUUGAAUGAACAAGAAAUCAAUUAUCUUUCAUUUUGUGAUAUAUGUGAUCUAAAGUCAUUGGUCCGUAAUUUAUCUGAACUUGAAAAUUUAUUCAUCAAUCAUAUUACAACUUGUGAAGGUUGUCGUGGAAAAGGAUUUUAUUGUGAACUUUGUCCAAACAAAGAAGAUAUAUUGUUCCCAUUCUCACCGAACACAACUAUUUGUCCCAUUUGUGAUGCUGUUUAUCAUAAAAACUGUUAUUAUCGCCGUAAUCGUUUAUGUCCUCGAUGUAAUCGAAUCAAAGGCAAAUAUACAGUCAAAUUGGAUGGCAUAACAAAUGGUGAAAUUGAUCAAGAAAAUGAGGCUUCGUAAAUUCGCAUGAAGGAUAUUAAUUUUUUUAGGAAUAUAUUUUUUUAAAUAUAAAUUGAUUUGUUUGCUUAUA